AUGAGUGACCUCAUUACAAUCGAUAACGUGUACGACGCAUGCGAACGUCUUGAUAAAGAAAAAGUAAAGAACGCGGAUGAUUUCAAACUCUUCAUGUCCGGAGCCAAAAGUAAAAACUGCAAAGUUAAGAAGCUUUGUGCUCAGAUGAUUGUUCGGUACUGGCAAGAUUUCACGGAUCUACGGAAUUUAGCAUUUUACUCGCUCGUAUCUUUGCUGGAAGAUCGUGAUCCUGAGAUCCGAAAAGCAGUAAUUCGUGAAGUACCGCAUGUAUUCAAAUCUGGUGAAUUGAUUGACAAGAUUGCGGAUGUACUGUCUCAAAUGCUGCAACAAAGUGAUGACAUGCAAGAAAUAGCCAUGCUUGAUGGUGUUCUUGUCCGUUUUCUGAAGGCUUAUCCCAAAGAUGUCCUUUCUGCGAUAUUUAUCAAUGUUAUGAAGUCGGAAGAAGAAUCGAUACGCCUUCGCUUACUAAAAUUUAUCCGAUCCCAUGUACAGCAGAUUUCGGCUUGUUCUGAAGAAUUGGGACUGUUCAUCGCGCAACACGUCCGAGAGGUAAUGAAAGACAUCACAGCUGUAGAAUUUGAUAUAAUAUUUGAGUUCAUGCUUUCUGUGGAAUUUUUUGGAAUGGAAAAAGGACGCAAAGUGUUGUACAACAUUAUUGUCGACCAAAUACAAGUUGACGAACCAUUUCCUAUUCAAGAUCCUCAGCAUCUCGAUCAAAUAUUAUAUUUUAUUGAGCGGGCGCAGGUGCUUAUGUCGGUUAACUUCCAAAGUCCUGAGCUGGUGACUUUUCUUUUACUGAAGGGGGUUCCUGUACUUGAACAAAUUGAUGUACAGUUACGUAUCAGACUUUUGCGAGCUUUGGUCGAGCUUCUUCCUUUCUCGAAAUCAAUAGAACGAAAUUGUUUAUUGCUUGUUUCUGAUUACUUUUUGAAACUUAUUCCCCCUUUACCAUCUGAACCUAAGGAUGCACAUGUGGUUGAUCUGAAUGAACCUUUGGAGCAAGAAUUGCGCCUAAGUGAAUUAGAACCGACAUCUUUGAUUUUUGCAUCCUUAUGUAAAGCAGAUAAAACUGCGUUAAAUUCUCUAUUAAAACAGUACAAAGAUUCCGAUCAAUGGCGAAAAAGAAUGAUUUAUCUGGGAAGGCUGCUACAACAGUAUAUUCUUUCGGGUAAUGUUGAGUUGCAAAAAUUGCGUAAAUUAAAUUUCUCUGAAAUUAAUAAGAAUCGAGUUUUGUUGCAAGAAGAUGCACUGAAAAUGGCUGAAAAUACUUUGAGUGUGACAAAAAUGCUUGCUCAUAAAUCUCCUUCUUUCGGCCUGAGCAUUUUACCUAGUUGGAAAGCAGUAAACAGAAAACGUGGUCAUAAAUGCAAUGUUGAUGCAAAACCAGAACGAAAGAAAGUAUGUCAGGAUUUUUAUGUGCCACCUGGAGGGAAAUACAGCAGUGAGUUUACUUGA